ACCUACUUAUCUAUUACCUAAUAUUUAAUCAAACUGGUUCAUAUCGAAGUACCUAUCAAGGAUGUUACGUCAUGGACUAUUUUUGUGUGUUUACGGAUACCUAUCGUUAGUGAUGGGUGAACCAUCCUCCCGACUUGUAAAUAUAGACCAAGGAGCUGUAAAAGGUUAUAUGGCUUCAGAAGGCGACGUUUUUGUGUUUUAUGGGAUACCGUAUGCAACAGCACCGACAGGGGAUCAAAAAUUUAGGCCACCCCUUCCUCCUCCGUCAUGGAAUAAUACAUUUGAAGCUGUUCAAAAAAAUAUCAUCUGCCCACAAAACCUUGCCUUCAGGAACUACAAAGGUGACUUCGUGAUGCAAGAAGACUGCCUGAUAGCUAAUGUAUACGUACCCGAUACAGAAGACACAAAUCUUCCCGUGCUUGUAUAUCUCCAUGGAGGAGCGUUCCAAUUUGGAUAUAGUACACAAAGGUCACCAAUACAUUUAGUUCAGAGCAAGAAAAUAAUAGCUGUUAAUUUAAAUUAUCGUCUUGGAGCUCAUGGCUUCCUAUGUCUUGGUACGGAAGAUGCGCCUGGCAAUGCUGGUAUGAAAGACCAAGUUGCGUUACUGCGAUGGGUGCAAAACAAUAUUGCACAGUUUGGUGGCAACCCAAAUGAUGUUACUAUUAACGGAUGCAGCGCUGGAGGUGCCUCUGUGGAUUUACUGAUGAUAUCUAAGCUCACUAGAGGAUUAUUUCACAAAGUGAUACCAGAAAGUGGGUCUAAAACAGCCCCGUUCAGUAUACAACUAGAUCCCAUUACAAACGCAAAGAAAAUCGCCAAACAGUUAAACUACAGUAAUAUUGAUGAUGAUAUUGAUGCUUUAGAAAAAAUUUACAAGAGAACACCAUAUGAAAAGUUAUAUGAAAUUGAUUUUGGAAUUGAAAAAGACACUUCCCUUGCUUUUUUACCUUGUAUUGAACGUGAUAUUGGCGAGGAGAUGUUCUUAGAUGAUGAACCAGUGAAUAUAAUAAACCAUGUUGACUUUCCCAAAUUUCCAAUGUUGUAUGGGAUAACUGAAAUGGAAGGUAUUUAUAGAACGAAAUAUUUUGAUGAUUGGAAAGAACAGAUGAAUACAAAUUUCGCUGACUUUCUUCCGGUAAAUUUAAAAUUUUCCAACGAGGCAGAAAAAGAAAAGGUAGCAUUAAAAAUUAAGCAAUUUUACUUUGGAAAUGAGUCAAUCAGCGAAAGUAGUAUGCUAGACUACGUUAAAUAUUUUACUGAUGUUAUGUUUGGUUACGGCAUAGCAAGAAGCGUGAAAAUGCAAGCGGAAGCGGGUAAUAACGAAAUAUCACAAAUGACGUUACAACCUCAUAGCCUCAGCGCUAAUUUUGGUUCACACAUCAAAUGGACUUUAAGGAUAAUUGAAACCCCAAGUGAUGACGCCAGAACCUCAUAA